AUGUGCAAAUGGUUAUCAGUUUACGUUGUUUCGGUCAAAUAUUUAGUGCUUAUCGUUCAUUACUGUGAGACGGAUGUCAACAUGAGUUUUAAAGACAAAGUAGUAAUUGUAACGGGCGCCAGUUCAGGAAUUGGUGCAGCGAUAGCUGUGGGCUUUAGCUCCGAGGGUGCCCGUGUGGUGAUGGUUGGUCGCAAUGAGAGUAAACUAGCCUCAGUAGCCGCUCGCUGUAAUAAACCACUCGUGGUGAGAGCUGACGUUGGAAACGAUGAAGAUGCACAACGUAUUAUAGAUCGGACGAUUGAACAUUUUGGACAAAUUGACAUUUUCGUUAAUAAUGCUGGGAUAUUAGCCUUUGGAAAUCUUAUAUCCGGAAACCUUAUUGAAAGUUAUGAUCAAGUCAUGAGAAUUAACUUACGUGCGGUCAUGUUAUUAACCUCUCUGGCAACAUCUUAUUUAAUUAAGACGAAGGGUAAUAUAAUAAAUAUAUCAAGCGUCUCCACAUUUUGUCCACAGAGUGGUAACGCUAACAUGACGGUAUACGCUGCAUCGAAAGCGGCUCUCAAUCACUUUGGUAUGAGUGCUGCAGCAGAAUUAGCUCCUUAUGGAGUUCGAGUCAAUACAAUAUGCCCUGGACCGGUCGUAACAGACAUAUUAAAUAAUUUACCUGGUGCUUAUAAUUGGAAUUAUAUUAAGGAAAAAACUGCCUUAAAAAGAUUGUCACAACCAGAAGAAAUAGCAGAUUUAGUGAUGUUUCUAGCAAGUGAUAAAGCGAAGGCUAUUACUGGUACAAAUCAUGUAACCGACAAUGGUUAUCUUUUGUGGGGUAAUUUAUAA